CUGCAGCAGUUGACGGAAGCUUCGUGAAUCGGCACCUCAACCAACACCCUAUUCCUUACCCUAUGGCGCUAGACGAGUAUGAUGUAGAUGCUACAGAACUUCUGGAAACUUACGACUUCUUAAUGAAGUACAUUAUUAUCGGAGAGGCAGGGACAGGCAAAUCAUGUUUGUUGCAUCACUUUACCCACAACGCAUUCAAGGACCACUCUCAACAUACCAUCGGAGUGGAGUUCUCUAGUAGAACAGUAAAGUUAGGGGAGAAGAGGAUAAAGCUUCAACUAUGGGAUACUGCUGGUCAGGAGCGCUUCCGAUCUGUAACACGUAGCUACUACCGUGGUGCAGCUGGCGUAAUUCUUGUAUACGAUAUCACGAACCGCGAUUCUUUUUUGAAUAUGUCCCAGUGGCUCACUGAUGCCAGAGCUUUGGCAAGCCCGCACUUAGUUGCGAUCCUGGUUGGAAACAAGUCCGACAGGGAGGAGGACCGUGAAGUGGAGUGGGCUGAAGCUAGUAGAUGGGCAGCGCUGAAUGAUGUUCACUUUCUCGAGGUUUCUUCAUUAAGCGGCGACAACGUUGAAGCUCCAUUUCUGCUUGCUGCAAGGUCUAUCCUACUUUCCAUAGAGUCAGGAAUAUUAGAUCCCGAGAAAGCCGGGAGCGGUGUUAGCUAUGGGGACCGUGCCCUCCGAAGAGUGACGAGCUCUAGCCAUCUAAGCUUUGGGAGUCUUAGUGGAGCUCGAAGGCGACGCUCGGACAAGUUUCGAUUGAAAAAUUGGACCUCCAAAUGUUGUUAAGUAGUGAUAAUUGACGGCUGGUGAGUAUUGAGUUAGUGUGCCGCUUCUGCCUUGUCACAAUCCCUCGUAUAUGGCCAUGCGCCUCGUGCCAUCUCUUUGUAUACCACUAGUACUGUUUUCGAUCACAUAUUCUACUCAAACGCUGUACAUCAUUUCACCCUUGCACUUUACUGAUUCACAGUAUCUAAUGCUUCAUGUGAUAUCUCUCAUAUAUUCCCACCGUUGUUAUCUCAUGGAUAGUUAGGUUUCAUAUAGAAGGUUCGAUACCCCAGGCUUUACAGCAUGUUUGUCCACAAGUAAUACCUACUAAGACCUACCAAAGGAGGUUUUCUUGUCGACGUUAUAGUUGGCACAUGCGUCAAUACUUAUUCUGUAC